AUGUCUCUACUGCGCCAAGCCCUUAAAUCCAGAGCCUCUCGCUCCAACCUUCGAGACGGCCAGGGUUCGCCCUCAUCAUCAUCAUCAUCGCCACCACCACCACUGCCGGCGGCGGGGGUGGGGGCAAAGAAAUCGUAUGCAAAAUCGAUUAAAUCUGUAGCAAGUGUAAAGACUCUUGCUGCCUCAUUGGCUUCGUUUUACACCAAGACCGUUGGUCCGUCGGGUACGGUCGGAACACCGAAGCGGAGACGGUCUCCUCGCUCCGAGCUAGGCAAACCCGCGUUUGCGUCCAGGAGUCCCGAAUUGAAGCUAGUCGAUGGCGUAGAGAGCUGCUGUGAUGAUAUGGUCUCUGGUGUGAGCACCGUGCGUACUGAGGACGAACGGGUGAGCCUGCUCGUGCAUCAUUUUGGAGAGUCGGGAGAAAGAGGGGUUAUAUUCUACGGAGGCACCUUUGUCAGUGGCGAAGUCCGACUAGUCGCGUCUAAACCUGAUCCGAUCGAGUCUAUUGAAGUAUGGAUACAUCUUAAAUCCAGCUGCACGUUCUCAGAACAUGAACCCAGCGUGCUUGAACUGCGCGCCACAUUAUACCGUAAAUCAGGCGAGCUCUUACCAGGCACAUACGUAUUCGUGAGCACAACUCUGCCAUGGGGCGCCCCGUACAAUGAGACCUCUCAUGACCGACCCAUUUCCCCCUACUUUAGCCCUUUACAUUUGAUCCAUUCCCGGAGAGUGUGGUCGUCAGGCAAGAAGAGAAGAAGACGUGACUGGGAGGCAUCCUAUAAUGUCCGUGCACCACAUUGGAUGGGGCGUAUUGAAUACGAAAUGGGGUUGGUGAUCAAACGAAGAGGGAUGAAACCCAACGACUAUAUCGAGCUUCCACUCGUUUACCGACCGCGACACAGGCUCAAACCCGUUCCCCCAAUACCGAUACCGUUCCCUCUUAUUCCAACUCGGGAGGAUUGGCCCUUUGAGAGCGAAACCAUCGGCGGAUGGUCGUUGACGCCAUUCGGAGGCCGAGGCCGGUGGAACGGCUCGGAGAACGCAGAAGUGGAGGGACUGGUACGUCUUGCAUUCCAACCCCAACCUCCACCCCAACCGCAACUCAACAAAAAAUUCAAUGUCCAUCUCGGGAUCCCGUGUCCUAUCGCGAUUGUGGCUGGUUCGAAACUGCGCAUUACUUUGCUGUUGUGGGGAACGGCCUCGGCCCGAUUACUCAUCCAACCUGAUGCAGUACGGAUACGAUUAAUUCGAGCGCAUGUGAUGGGGUUGGAUGCGCUCAGUCCGUCCAGUAGGGCGCAUACCAGUCGGAUCGUAUUUGAAGAGGAGAGAUGGGAGGGGGUUGUUUGGGCGGAUGGGGAGAGGGAAAGAAUGUUGGAGCGGAAAGAUAGCGAGAGCGGGAGUGAACACGAUAGCGGCGUUGGGCUUGAAGAUCAACAUCCCCGCGUUGUCGAAUACACCUCUGAACAGGAAGUAGAUGAAGAAGAGGACCAAUUCCCGGGUACAGAAGACGCAGGAAGCCUAGUCAAACUUCACGGCUCGGUCAUCAUUCCUAGCGAUGCCUCGCCCAGUUUUAGGUACAAGAAUAUGGCGGUGGAGUACCUGGUCCAGGUGAUCAUCUCCCACCGGGACUACAACCACAUAUCGCCGAGUGGACCUGGGAUUGUGGGUGAGGCGCCUGUAUGGGUCGUCGGUACUCUCCCGGAUCGGGACUCGGAUGCUUCCGGGAAUAGGGCUGGAGACCAUACACCCGAUAGCAGCCUUGCAACGGUUGUUGCGCCGCCUGGGAUGACAACUACAGACGACUCGUCGGAUAACAACUCGCUCUCUUCGCCUAUCUUAUCCUCGACGCUGUCUGCCGAGUCGGUGACGAGCUCAGAGGAGAGCAUUAUGGACAAUAAAUCUGGAAAUUCGGAGAUGGAUAAGGAUGCCACUUGUACGCCCCGUCGCGCCCGGCGCUAUCCCGCUCACUUGUCACACGGUUCUCCGCCUCGCAAACCCCGUUCGAACCAGUACGAAACGAUGGAGGAGUUGCUGGCUGCUGCUGGAUACACUGUCACGCGAGUAUUUACCCCAGAGACCGAACGAACACAGAAGAUGCAGGAUCAGGCAAAGGAUGAGCACAAGGGAGCAGGAGGAGCAGGCAUUGGAACCAUGUUUGCCGGGUGGAUUGCACACAUCUUGCCAGCUGCGUCGACGAGUUCGACACCCGUAUCCCCAACAAGUCCGAGCUCGACAUUUCGAGUCCAAGAGGACGCCGGUUCGAACCCGUUCUUGUCCGUGCGCGGUCAAUCAGAUGGCCAAUAUCCCCAAGCAACUCAUAGCUUACGUACCCAUUUGAUGAGCCGUGCGUUGAAGAGUCAUCCCGAUCCCCACCUUCAUCCUCAGACCCAAGACUCUCAGCGGACGAUUACCACCGCACGUUCGCAGCCUGUCUUACGCCACGUCACGUCUGCUCCGUCGUUGCCACGCGCCGUAUCAGGUCGGCGACGCGGAUUACCACCAUCAUGGCGUGACCAGGCUGUUCCCAAACCUGCCGAAGCCACCCAGCCAUCUAAGACUGGCUGGAGCGGUGGGUUUGUGCUUAAACAGACUGAAGUCCAGCUCAAGUCUCGGAGCAAGGGCUGGUUCGGAACUGUCACCGCAGACUCGACCGCUCGAGUCCGGAGUGGGAGCCAACCGCCCCGCGCUUCACACACUCUCCGUCCGCCUACGAUCCACAGGACCCGAUCCGCUCCUCGGCCAAGCAAAAUACACGUACCUGCCCCAGCUCCGCCCGUUCGACCCAGCCCCGUUGUACAGCCCAACGUCGUAGUGUGUCGCUCGGUGUCGAGCCUAGGUUCGAGUUCGAGUAUUCAUACGCGUUCGAGUGGCAAGUCCAAGUCGAAAUCAAAGCUCUCGCUGGAAUCGGAUGACGAUGAACCUGUUUCGCCUUGUCCCGUCUUGACCCCCGAAUCUGCUCACCCUGACGGUCUCCCCAACACACCUGCUCGCCCGGUUCUUGUCAAACAACGCUCGACCCGAUUUCUCCGGCGCUCAAAUCAACCUCGGCCUGUCGAAGAAGACGAACCCGAACCCGACCUCGCGUCGAUCAUCCAUGCGUUCAGGCCACCUUCCGCGCCACCUAGUCCGACGCGUAGACAGCGUUCGAUACGAAGUUUACGCGCGGUACUCAAGGAUCCCAAGUUCCCGGACGUACCCGUCGUGUGCGUCGCGAGUCCAGGGACCGUUAAUGCUGGUGGACCGGGGAGGGCUGUGUGGCUUCGAGAUCCUGGAUGGGACAGUACAGUGACUGUUCGCAAAUAG